AUGAAAAGAGCUAAACGAACUCUCGUUAAAAAUUUUGGUAGUAUGGGGAAUUUUUUUGCGAUGAUUAUUUUGGUAGCAGUUACUGUGAUUUUUAUUAAUACAUAUGUUCUUUCCAAACGAAAUCUAUUGGAUGAUGGUUCAGACACAAAUUUACGUACAGAUGAAGGAUUAUACAAUUCAAAUGGCACAGGAAAUUCUAUUGAUCUACAACAAUUACAAAAACAAAUAACAAGAUCACCCGUUCCCGAUGCUGGAUGUGAAAUCAAAGAAAAAUGUUCAGAUAAAUAUGUUCCAUAUAAAGUUAUUUCAGGAGAUGGAUUAGAUAAAUUUCCAAUGAUAUGUUUUAAUAAUAAACUAUUACUUCAUAAAAAUUCGAAAGGUGUUCAAGUUGGUCGUGGACUUAAUUUUAUAGCUAUUAAUAGUACAACUCUUGAAGUGAAAUACAACGAAACAUUUGAUACGUAUCUUGAAGAAAGUUUCUUUUUAAGAGUUUUAAAAUUAAAAUUAAGUGAUAGCGAUAUUAUCAUUAUGGCUAGUUUUGAUGAAAUGACUUCUGGAUUGAAAGAAGCAUCAGUAUCACUAUUGGAACAAUAUGGUAGUCAACUUAUAAAAAAAGUUAAAUAUCGAGAUUCAUUUGUUAUGAUUGGACAGAAAGGAUUAGCACGUGGAAAAGCAAUUGAAUCGCAUAGUCGAAAAGGUAAUCGUGAUUAUGGUGCAGCAGCAGAAAUUAGUGGUUGUACGAAAUUUCCUCUGGGUCAAAUAACGCCAUUUACACUUCCACCUGUUGAAAUCUAUAAAGAAGGAAAAAUUUCAGUUGGUUCAUCAAUAGAAAACUGUGGUUUACCUCAUACAUGCAAAGAAAAUGAAUUUCCCGUACAUGUUUAUACUGGAAAAGAUAAUAAUGAUGAACCAAAAAUUUGUGUCGAUGGAAAAUAUGUUAUUUCAAAAGGUGUUAAUGAUGGUGGUCGUGGUUUAAAUAUAGUUGUUGUUUCGAAUGGUAAAGAAGUUAUUCGAACAGGACAUUUUGAUACAUGGAAUGAUGAUAGUACAAAUUUAGAAAUCUUUCUUGAAAAUCUUGAAGAAAAUGUUAUCAUUAUCGUUGUUACAUUUGAUGAAGCAUCAAAAAAACUUAGUCAGCAUAGUAAAAAUCUGUUUUUCGAUCUUGGAAGUGCAACCAUACAAAAUUUAAAAUAUCGCGACGUUUGGGUACUUGUGGGACAAAAGGGUAUUCAAGGUUUCAGCCCUUACGAAGAGAUUUCAUAUGCUGGAACGGGAUUUAGUUAUGCUUCUCCAAUUGAUAAAAGAAUGUGUGUACCACAAACAUUAAAAGGUCUUAAAAUUCGACCUGAUCCAAUACCAUAUCGAAACGAUAAACGACGAGAUUUUUGUUCACGUUAUGAUGGUUAUGGUGAUUUUUGUAGUGAUGCAAAUAUCGAUAAACAUUUAAUAGCUGUUCCAUUAUUAAAUAAAACAUUAGAAGAUAAUCCAAUUUAUUCAACACCAGUUCUAAUUAUUGCUGGUAUUUCACAUGAUGCACUUCGAAUGUGUUUGGAAACUAUAUUGAUGCAACCAGGAAUUAAUAAUGAAAAUGUUAUUGUUGCUAUUGAUGAGAAAUUUGCUGAAUCACAUGAAUUAAUUAGUUUAUUUGGAUUUAAAAGUGAAAAAAUCUCGAAUAGUUCAUCAUAUAUGGAACAUUAUGAAAAAGCUCUGAAAAAAGUUUGGGAAAUUCAUUCAAAUAAAGAUAAAGUGGUUGUUAUUGAAGAAGAUCUUCUAUUAUCACCAGAUUUUCUAUACACACUUGCUUUAUUAAGUGAAACAUUUCGAAAAGAUGAAACUAUUGGUGCUAUACAAAUGUGGAAUCCAAAUUCUUAUGAUAUUAUCAAUGGUUCAAUUGAAUUAAUCUAUCGUGUUGAUCAAUUUUAUGGUUUAGGUUAUUUAUUAAGACGUUCAUUCUAUGAGAAAAAUAUGAAAGAUUCAUUUAAAGAAUGUUGUUCUAAACGAGUUUGGGAUAAAUGGAAAUUUCCUAAUACAUCAUCAUUUUUAAUGCCUGACAUAUCAAGAACAUUCCGACGACCACUUCAUGGAAAUCGAAAUAAUUCAGAAUAUAUUGAAACACUUUUUAAUCAAAAACGAAGAACAAAUUUAAAUCCAUUCCCACCAUUAUCCAAUAUUGAUACACUUCGAAAAGAUAAAUAUGAGGCAACUUUAAUCAAUGCCAUAAGUUCUGCUACGUUGCUUAAAUCAUUAGAAAAAUGUGACACUAUUAAUAAUUAUAUGCAUAAUUUAAUACAAAAUCAAAAUAUAUCAAAUACAUUUAAAUAUAUAUAUGAACAAAAAUCAUUGAAUGAUGUUAGAUCUUUAACACCAGUUUUACCAUGUUUUGGACUUUUUUCAGUUGAACCAUUGGGUCUUUAUCAUGAUAUUCUUCGUUUCAGUUCAAAUACUUAUAAUUUUUAUCUUGUCGGAUCACAAUCACCUAUUCACAAAAGUAUUUCAAAAUCUACAUAA